CAGGAAAUCAGUGUUACCAUUGAAGCUUAAACGUCCGACUGAAUUCGUGCUCUGUAAAUGUGAAUACGUCUGGAUGCUAUAGAAUUUGGAAGAUGAGUAUUCCUGAUUACAUGCAAUGUGCUGAGGAUCACCAGACUCUUCUUGUUGUGGUGCAACCUGUGGGGAUUGUGCCAGAGGAACACUUCUUCAAGAUUUACAAACGAAUUGCAUCUAUCAACCAAAUCAAUGUUCGUGACUCUCAGAGGGUUCUUUAUAUCCGCUACCGACACCACUAUCCUCCAGAGAACAAUGAAUGGGGGGAUUUCCAGACUCAUCGCAAAGUAGUGGGGCUAAUUGCAGUAACGGAAUGUGUCCAGGCCAAAGACUGGCCUCAGACUGCUGAGCGUUAUCAUAAUCAGAAAGAGGUUUUUGGUUCCACUCUGUAUGAUUCCAGACUUCUAGUAUUUGGUCUACAUGGAGAAAUCGCAGAACAGACCCGUACAGAUGUGGCUUUUUACCCUAACUAUGAGGAGUGCAAAGAGAUGGAGAAGAGAGUGGAGGAUUUCAUUGAGUCGCUUUUUAUUGUGCUGGAGUCUAAACGCCUGGAUAGGACCACAGACAAGUCUGGUGAUAAGAUCCCUUUGCUGUGUGUACCCUUCGAAAAGAAAGAUUUUGUAGGGCUGGAUACAGAUAGUAGACAUUAUAAGAAGCGAUGCCAGGGUCGAAUGCGAAAACAUGUUGGAGACCUGUGUUUGCAGGCAGGAAUGCUACAGGAUGCCUUGGUUCAUUACCACAUGGCAGUAGAGUUGUUGCGCUCUGUUAAUGACUUUCUUUGGCUUGGAGCUGCACUUGAAGGACUGUGUUCUGCAUCUGUCAUUUACCAUUAUCCUGGAGGAACUGCUGGCAAGUUUGGAGCUCGUAAGCAAAGCAUUUCUUUGUCAGCCGAAUCUGGCAAGCGUCAUCGCCCAGGUGCACAAGAGGUUCUCAUUGAUCCAGGUGCUUUAACUACAAAUGGAAUCAGUGCUGACACCAGUAGUGAAAUUGGGAGAGCUAAAAACUGCUUGAGUCCUGAGGACAUCAUUGAAAAGUAUAAGGAAGCCAUUUCUUAUUAUGGCAAGUAUAAAAAUGCAGGAGUUAUUGAACUUGAAGCCUGUGUGAAAGCAGUUAGAGUUUUAGCUAUUCAGAAAAGAGCCAUGGAAGCAUCUGAAUUCCUACAGAAUGCGGUUUACAUCAACCUUGGUCAGCUGUCAGAAGAGGAGAAAAUUCAACGUUAUAGCAUUCUUUCUGAAUUGUAUGAUCUCAUUGGUUUCCACCGUAAAUCAGCUUUCUUCAAACGUGUAGCUGCUAUGCAGUGUGUUGCUCCAACUAUCCCAGAACCAGGUUGGAGAGCUUGUUAUAAGUUGCUGCUUGAGACAUUGCCUGGGUACAGUCUGUCAUUGGAUCCCAAAGAUUUCAGCAAAGGUCAUCACAAAGGUUGGGCAGCAGUGCAGAUGCGCCUUCUCCAUGAACUAGUUUAUGCAUCACGACGAAUGGGAAAUCCAGGCCUGUCUGUCCGCCAUCUUUCAUUCCUUUUGCAAACCAUGUUAGACUUCCUUUCUGACCAAGAAAAAAAAGAAGUUACUCAAAGCUUGGAAAACUACACCUCUAAAUGUCCGGGUGGCAUGGAAACUAUCACUCUUCCUGAUGGGUUGAAGUUGCUACCAGUGCCAUUUACAAAGUUGCCAAUUGUAAGAUCAGUUAAGCUUUUGAAUCUGCCUCUUGGUUUGCGGCCACAUAAGGUGAAGAGCUUGCUGGGCCAGAGUUUAGCUACCAAAAGUCCUUUUAUUUAUUCCCCAAUUAUUGUGCAUAAUCGUGGAGAGGAGCGUGGGAAAAAAAUUGAUUUCCAGUGGGUCCAAGGGGAUGUAUGUGAAGUACAGUUAAUGGUCUACAACCCUAUGCCAUUUGAACUGCGUGUGGAGAACGUGGGUCUUCUUUCAUCAGGUGUUGAAUUUGAAUCUUUACCAGCUGCUCUCUCUCUCCCUGCUGAAUCGGGUCUAUAUCCUGUUACUCUAGUGGGAGUUCCACGCACGUCAGGAAAUAUUACUAUUAAUGGGUACCACACAUCAGUUUUUGGGGUCACAAGUGAUUGUCUCUUAGAAACCCUGCCUGGUGUGAAAACAAGUGGCUGUACAGUAGAAGUGGUUCCAGCUCUACCAAGACUUCAGUUCAAUACAUCUCUCCCACGAUCUGCUCACACACUGCAACCAGCAUCUGGAGAAGAGGUAUCCACCAGUGUGUCUGUUCAGCUCUUCAAUGGAGAGUCCCAAAAGCUUGUUGUAAAACUGGAAAAUAUUGGUUCUGAGCCUCUAGAAACGCUGGAGAUCACUUCUAAGGUUGUCACUACAAAAGAGAAGCUGUUUGGUGAUUUUCUUACUUGGAACUUGGACGAAGUCUUGUCUCAGCUCCCACUGAAGCCAGGUCAGGUGGCAACUUUAACAGUUGGCAUCAGAGUAAAACUCGACUUUUCAGGACAAGAGAAUAUGCUUCAGGACCUUAAUGAUGAUGGGAUCAGUGUGACGGGAUUGCCAAUUUCUAGCCCUCUUCGCCAGGUCCUCAAACCAAGGACAGAGAGCAAACCAUUAAACUCGUCCGAAUCCAACAAAAGUGGAGAAUAUAACCAUGUCAAGGCUCUGGAAGCAAUCCUAAACUUCAAAUAUUCUGGUGGACCAGGUCAUGUAGAAGGUUAUUACAGGAACCUGUCACUGGGUCUACAUGUGGAUGUGGAACCCUCUGUCUUUUUCACACGUGUUAGUACCCUUCCAGCAACAAGUACUCGCCAGUGUCACCUUCUCCUGGAUGUUUUUAAUGCCACAGAGCACGAGCUCACAGUCAGCGCUAAAAAUAACGAGGACCUUGUUCUUCAUGCUGGAGAGUGUCAAAGGAUGGCUAUUCAAGUGAACAAGUUCAAUUUUGAAAAUCUUCCUCAGUUAUCAGAAGACACCUCAAAUUUCACCAAUCUAAAACAGCAAGAAGAAGAAAGACAACAGGCAAGAGGCUUCAAAAUUAACAGCCAGCUGGAUAUUUGCUGGAGAAUUCCUUCUCUUGGAAGACAAGGGGAAGCCAGCGUAGAAGGAGUUCUCAACCAGCUUGUCCUGGAGCAUCUGCAGCUGGCGCCAUUGCAGUGGGAUGUUUUGGUGAAUGGAAAACCGUGUGACUGCGACACUGUGGCUGAGUGCAAAGUAGGAGACCUUGUACCCUUGGAAGUGAAGCUGACCAAUCGGAGUAAGAACACCGUGGGACCUUUUGCCCUGACCAUGGUACCUUUCCAGGACUACCAGAAUGGAGUGCACAACUAUGAUCUUCAGGAUGCAGUCACCUUUGUAGGCUCCAACACCUUUUACAUCAAUUCAGUUAAUCCUACUGAGAAUUUCAUCUGCGUGGGAGCCCUCCUGUUCUUGUACACUGGAGACUUUUACUUAAACAUCAAGUUUCAGGAUGAUAAUUCCAGCCGUGAGCUGCCACUCGCCUGGUUCUGUUUGCCGAGUGUUCAUCUUAAAGCCCUUGAUGCUACUCUGGAGACAAAAUUUUAAAACAUGCUUUUAUUUAAUUUCAGUUAUUUGCUACUGUUAAACUCUUUGGUAAGAGUAAUGCCGGCUUAAAUUAGGUUUUAUUGUCUCAGCAAGAGCAGUCGAAUACACAGAAUAAGAUUUAAAAUAUAAAGAAAUAUCAUUCAAAGUCCUUCUGACUCCAUUAGAUGUUUGCUUGAUUCAUUAAAAUAAUAAUUGAAAUAAAGUUAAGAAUAUUUUCCUUUAUAUCAUUUUAAAUUAAAAAGAAAUGUCUUUUGCCUGAAUGCAGUAUUUGGGCCAUUUGUUCCAGGAGCUCAAAGCGCUUUGCUGCAUUUUCUGAGGUAAUCACUGAUGUGCUGCACAACCAAUUGUUAUAUUAAUAAGAGCAAACUUGAAAAUUAUAACAUCCAUCCACUGUUUUGAAGCGGUAUGACUCGAUAAUACUGUAUACUGUAUUAUUGUCCUGUAGUAGACUCGUAUCCCAUCCCCAUCCCAUCCAAGAUGGCGGCUGCUGCCACUGUGCCACUAAUUUGGAUUAAGCAGGGAAGGUUUGAGACUGGCUGGAUGAGACGAGGCUCCACUCCCCUUUAACAUGGUUAGGAUUACACUGAACUCUGUUCAUGUCCUUCUGCCUGUUUGAAUGGCUUUAUAAAACCCUAAAUAUUUAAGGUGUGUGCAGUGUGGUUAAAAAAUGAUCAAUCUGUUAAAGAUAUGUCUUACUUGUCCUUUAUUGAGAUUAAGAAUAUCACAUAUGCUAUGGUGUUGUAUAUUAUGGGUAUUUUAGUUAAUGGGCAGAUUUUAACAUUUAACAAUAAUGAUAUCUCUUCCUUUUGGCCAAACAAAGCAGUAGUUGGCCAAGGAAAAUAGUAACAUUAUUAAAGGGAUUCACAAUUAAAACAAUAAAAGUGUCACUAUGCUGAUAGACUAAUUGAGUAUGUAAAAUGUUCAUUUGUUGGUGGAUGCUUAACACAAGAUCUAAUGUAAAGUAUUAAGACUGAGCAACUUCUGUGAAUUUAUAAUAAAAAAGAAUUAUAAUGGGUAUUUGGCUAACGCCUGAUCCAAGGCAUCUUUAUAAUACAAUUGGUUACAUUUCUUUUGGCUUUCCAAUUCCAAAAUAGAAAUGCAGUCUGACUUUAUAUCACAAGCUCCUGAGUUCUGGCAGCACUGCAUAUUUUGUUGAAGAAAACGAGCUUCAGAGUUGUCAUCUUUAGUGUUAACGCCUGUAAGGAGCGGAAUCGUAGACUCCAUAAUUAGGGUUGGACCUGGGGCACAGGUACUGGAUCUUCAGAUUGAGGGCUCACGUCGAGCACAGUGUGUGCUGAAAAGCUCAUUUUAAGAUGACAUCCAUAUUUAUUAUCUUGACUGAGGCCGGGCUGUAAGGAAAAGUAAAAUAAAAGCAGACGAGCUGGCUUUGAACCAUUUUUUAUGUGUAAAACUGCUGAAGGAAAGAAAAACAAAAGAAAGCAAUUUUAAUGUAUAUUAAACAACCUGCAUGAAAUCAAGGAAUGCUGUUUUUAGUUGAUUAUAGAGAUGAUGAUUUUUUUUUUGUGUUGCAUUAUAUGCCAAGAGUUUCAUAUUCAUGCCAAUAAAUAAUAAUGUACUUUGUGUUAAUGUACUAUAUAAAGAUGGAAACUUUUUCUU